AUGACACCAGGUGAAGAGCAUCUGGGAGGCAGAUUUUGGCUCAUGAGCCAGCUCUACGCCUAUUUCAAUCCUUAUACCCCAAUAUAUCCUGUCAACGAAGAACUGCUCGUGCGACGGCGAGGCUGGCUCACGCUGAAAAUAGUGCGCAGCGAUCCCGAAUCCUUCAGCCUUCUGAGAAUUCCUCCUCCGGUAUUUGCACAGCCGAGCGCUUACCCGAGAACCAUCAUCAUAUACACCAUACGCACGUCGCACUCGGUGUUCGCAUUUGUAUCUGAAACAAAAACCAAGUUCCUUCUCUGGCUGUGCGAGAUCUGUGAUCCGCACAGCCAGAGUAAGAAUGCCUCCGGGAAUCGUACUCUCUACAUAAAGGGGACGAAGACAUCUCUACCACUCAUCAAUCCGUCUCCAAAAGCUCCAGCAUCUGUAACGAAAUCAAUGACCACAAUGAAUACAUCGGCAUCAUACCUCCAAGUCCCGGCCCGCGGGCGUGGCCUCGCUCUCGGUUUCCGCAUCGUUAUACUCGUCCUCGACUUCGUAACCUUAGUCGCCCUCUCUAUCUCCCUCGGUCUCUACCACAAAUGGAUCCCCAGCACCUCCUACCCCACAACGGCCCUCAAACCAAGCAAGCAUACGGACUGGACGGACCCAAUUGUCCUUGCUGCCGUCCUGGUCUCUUUCAUGUGGACUAGCUUCAUCACUAUCCGCCCGGCCUGGACGAGCAAGGCGCUUCAUUUGGGGUAUUAUGUCGCUUUCGAAGUCAUAUGUUUGGUGUGGCUGUUGGCAUGUACGAUUCCAGCAUUGACGUUGAGGGAGUCUGGUUUCAAGGAUCUGGUCGCGAUCAGCAACACUUGCGAUAUGGGCAGCGUGACGCUUAUGAAUGGGGAUAAGGUGCCGUGGGUGUGCAUGCCGCAUUUGAAUACCCUGAAGAAAUUGCAGGUUGCUACUUACUCCGUUGCAUGUGCUGUCGCCGUCCUCCACUUCACCCUCUUCGCCCUCGCCUGCCACUCAAAAACGCACCUCCCCCAAGCCUCCGCACCCUCUCACUCCAUCGACAACACUCCCAACCAGCAAACCAUCGCCCACGAAACCCAAGACCCCACCACCAGAGGGAGUGAGUCCGACUCCACAUCUCCGCCCCGAACCGUAGCAGUUGCGGAAAUCUAA